AUGACACCAUUGUGUCUUGCAACAGAAAAAGGCCAUUUGGGUAUUGUCGAAGUCUUACUGAACGUAGGAGCAAAUAUUGAUGACUGUAACCGAGACGGGCUAACAGCACUCCACAUUGCAGCGUCCAAUGGACACGUUGAAAUAGUGCAUCAUCUCAUUAGCAGAGGUGCACAUCUUGACAAAUGUGACAAAACCGAAAGGACACCCUUGUUUUGUGCUUCUCAAAAAGGCCAUAUUGAAAUCGUCGAGUAUAUCGUGAACAAAGGAGCAGGCAUUGAAAUUGGUAAUAAAGAUGGGUUUACAGCUCUUCACAGUGCAUCCCUCAAGGGUCAUCUUGAUAUUGUCAAAUACCCCGUUAGCAAAGGGUCAGACUUGGGGAGACUUGCUAAUGAUUACUGGACACCUCUACAUCUUGCCUUAGACGGUGGCCGUCUUGACAUUGCAGAGUACCUUUUGACAGAAGGAGCCAACAUUAACACGUGUGGUAAACGUGGAUAUACAGCUCUGCAUACUGCAUCACAAACUGGUAAUAUUGAUGGAGUAAAAUAUCUAACCAGUCGAGGAGCAGAGCUGGAUAGGAGCACUGACGAUGGUUGGACCGCGCUUAGUUUGGCUUCAUUCGGGGGACACCUUCAUAUUGUAAAAGUUUUCGUUAACGAAGGGGUGGAGGUUGACAAAGCACUCAAGAACGGGACAUCACCCUUGAGUUUUGCAACAGAAAGAGGUCAUCUGGGUAUUGUCGAGGUCUUACUGAACGUAGGAUCAAAUAUUGAUAGCUGUAAUCAAGAUGGGGGUACAGCUCUUCACAACGCAUCAUUCAAGGGUCAUCUUGAUAUUGUCAAAUGCCUUCUUAGGAAAGGGGCACAGCUUGACAAAUACAGCUCUCGCUCCUCGAGGAAGAGUAUCACAGAAGAGACGAUGAUUAUAAGUCUCGACGAGUACAGCAUCAAGGUUCCAAUUUCACCAGACGAUGUGGACAGAGCCAAAUAUAUCACAGCAGAAGCAUUGACAACCAUUCCACCUGACUUAAACCUGGAAAAAGACGAAGUUAUCAUCUCAGUUGGGCUCAAGCUAUCCCCUCCUGGUCUUCAGUUUAAAACUCCGGUGGAAGUCACGGUCUCACAUAGCGCUAUUUUCACCAACCCAGACAAGGCAGAAAUUGUGCUAUACACCCGAAGGACUGUGCAGAGAGCACCUGACUGCCACGACGACCUCAUCACAAUUAUGACAGAGAUCUUCACACAAAAUUAA